CGAUCCCGAUCCCUAGUGCGGAGAGCUCGGAGGUGGGGGUCAAGCCAAGCUAAGCCUGCAGGUUCAAACACGGCUAAGACUCAAGACUCAAGGUUGAACUCUCUCUGCGGCACAGGUCCUUGGACGGACACACUUUCCGUAUCAGCUCGGAUACCUGUCCGCAAUGAGCAAUGCUUCUAAAAGAGCAUUGUUGUCCCUAACAAGAACGCUCGAAUGCUCCCACCGAGUGAGCAGCUUCCGCCAAACGCGAAGCUUUCUACAUGUCGUCGCGAAGAAUGCUUGGACAUCUCAGCAUAUGCGCCCGGCAGAGAUCGCAAUCACGCCACAACUCUCAUCACUUGUUACUACACGUGGUAUUCGUCAGAGAGCAAGGCAUUUUCAAAACUCAGUGAAACCUCGAGUAGGAAAAUCCGAGGUACCUGCACCAAAUUCGGCUCAAGAGCAGGAGGUUCUUCGAGAACCUAAAGAUGAAGCAGCAGCAGCACAGGACGAUGCGCCGGUCUAUACAUGGAGGGACUAUAAUGAUGAAACCGGCAUGCCGCUCCCAGAAGGACCUCUAGGAAGACCAGAUAUCAUCCGCUUAUUUGGCAACGACGUCUCGUACGAGGAAGGCAACCACGCGCUUCAAAUUUUACAAUGGCGAAGAGAGAGUGGUGUACUAUCCGAUAAGGGCAUUUCGUUUCCAGAUGGCCCAAAUAUACCUCGGAACCUUGCAUUGAUUGCGCUGGAGCACUUGCGUGAGAGAUACCCAAUGGAUGAAGAAGGAGCCGCAGAAGAAUGGGUUAGACUUGAAGCUGAACGGCUAGAACAUGAAAUGUACGAAAAGGGUGCUCGUUGGGGGCUUUUCAAAAAAGACGAGACUGCAGUCCUGGAUGUGUCUAAGGAAGAGCACGCUACACAGCAAGGCACCGAAUAUGGAGAGAAAAGGCACGGCUUCAGCGUACUAGAGCAAAUCCAGAGAGAAGCACGAGCAAAAGAGGAAGAAGAGAGGGAAGCUGAGAGGGCGAAGGGGAAUCGGCCACUCACCAAGGCGGAAAGAGACGAGGAGGCGAAACAGAUGCAGCUCGUGGAAGCAAAGGAGCAAAUUGAUAUUAUAUACGCGGAAAUGGCAGAACGGAAACGGAAAAGAGAAGAAAAAGCUGCCGCUUUUAAAGAGCCACCUGAAGUACUGUUGAAGAUGUCUUUCUUCAAACGCAUCUGGCCUGCAGCUACGAUGACCUCCCUCAUAAUAAUAGCAUGUCUGCUAUAUGGAGCAACUUAUACUCCUCCAAGUGCAUCAGAAAGACUUUUCCCAGAUUAUCCUCCGGCUCUGGCAACAGUCGCCGCUCUGUUAACCAUAAACUUCGCUGUCUUUUUACUAUGGCAUACACCAUUGGUUUGGAAAUUAUUUAACAGGAUUAUGGUAAUACAACCUAUAUUUCCAAGACCACUUGCUAUGAUAGGCAAUGUCUUCAGUCACCAAGAGUUUAAGCACUUGGCUAGUAACUUUAUUGGUAUACUACUCAUUGCACCUUCUCUCCACGAACAGAUUGGUCGAGGCGACUUCCUCUCAAUUUAUAUUGCCAGCGGGGUUUUCAGUAGUUUCGUGAUGACAGUCUGGCUGAUCAGGAGGCGUCUGUUCCUGUCUUACCUCAUGGGAGCAAGUGGGGCUCUUUACGGAGUCAUAGGAGCGCUUUGUGUGGUAAUGGAGAGUGUGCGCAUUCCCUUCACCCACUACGAGCUCCCGUAUACCCCGAAGCUUUUUCUAGUCGGGAUUCUUUCUGUCGAAGCAUUCCACAUGGCGUUUAAGAAGAUAAGAGGGGGGGGGCCUGUGGUAAGCCGCCUGGCCCACAUAGUAGGGACACUAUGGGGCGCCGGGCAUAUGUAUGCCAUUAAAGCUCGUUAUAGUCUCGGGCAGUACCCCAAUCGCCGAUCGAAGGACACUGAACGGAGAGACGUACCAGUAGCGACGAGAUCGUAGGUGCAUAUGGCAUCAAUGUAUUAUAUCUGAGCACGUAUCCAAGACGAAUGAAUAUCGAGCUAUCUACUAUGCUAA